AUGGGCUCCCUGGCGCCACCUGGGCUCAUCAUAGCGCAGCCUCAGUUGGGAGAGAAUGGUGGAGCGCCAGGGCCAAGUGGGCAGACGAUCUUACAAGCGCGGGGCGACACAGCGUAUACAACGGAGUGGGACUCAGCGGAGCAGGCGGCGCUUGACUCGGCCCUGGCGCGGUUCCCGGCCGAUCGCCACCCUCCCCUGGAGCGCUACGUCCGCGCCGCAGCCUGCCUCCCCAAGAAGAAUGUGAGGGAUGUGGCGCUGCGGGUGGCGUGGCUGCGGGCGACGGCGGCGGCGCGCAAGCGCAAGAUGGCGGACGAGGCGAACAGCAAGAAGCAGGUGCGGCGGGAGCGCGGGCAGAGCAUCUUCGCAGUGCAGCCCAAGCCCAUGGGCGGCGGCGUGGGGCACCCCAUGGCCGCCAGCUUGGCCGCAAUGCCCGGGCCCAACAUGGGUAUGGCCUCUGGCAUGCCCAUGCCAGCCCCCAUUGUUGUGCAGCCCCACGCGGGCAUGGCGUAUGCGCAGCCGGUGGUGCCGCUGGCGCCGAUGCCGCAAUUAGACGACCACGGGGCCGGCACGGUGGGGGGCGUGGGGGGCCCCCUGGCGCAGCCGCUGGAGCAGAAUUACGCCAUCCUGAACCAGUUCAAGCAGAACAUGGCCGCCUACAAGGUCAACGAGAACACCGAGCUGCUCGUGCGCUUCCGGGACAACAUCCUCACCGGUGUGAUGCAGCAGAUGCCGCCGUUGCCAGUGCGGCUGAAUGUGGAACUCGCCAACAACUUCCUCCCCAAAGCAGUCGCCAACGGGAUGUGCCAAUUUCCCUAUGUUCCGCCAUCUGGAGGGAUGGCCUCGGGUCCGAUGUUGGGGCAGCAGGGCAGCAGCGCGGGCAUGGCGCCGCCAAGCGUGGCGACCAGCGCGCCUGUGGCAGCAGCUGCCUCUGGGGCAGCACCAGCGCUGCCCGCAGUGUCGGCCCCAGCCCUGCUGCCGCUGCCAGACUCCAGCCCUGCUUUUCCGCCUGCCCAGCAGCAGCCGCAGCCAGCGCAGUUGCAGCCGCCAGCCCAGCUGCAGCAGCCUGCACAGACAGCGCAGUCGCAGCAGGUGCCGCCACAGACUAUGCAGUUGCAACAGCAGCCUCAGGCCGCACAGCUGGAACAGCAGCAUUUGCCGCCACCGGCUUCCGCGGCAAUGCCUGCUGGUGGCACAGCUGCCGCAAGUGCUGCGGCGCAGGUGCCGCCGCCUGCGCACAGGCCGGCCAAUGGUCUUCCUGUGGUGUCGAUGCCGUCACCUGCGACACCCGCACCCGCAUCGGCCUCAGCGGCGCUGGCGGCCCCUGUGCAGCAGCCGCAGCCGCUUGUGCCGCCGCCAGCGCCCAGCAACCCCGUGCCGGCAGCCGCGCCACAGUUACCAGUGCCACUGGCGACCCUUGAUGCGGUGAUAAAGCUUGAGCCUGUCACAACGCCCGUCGCAGUCCCUAUCGUGGAACAGCCUGCGCAGCCAAGCACCUUGCAGCCCCCAAGCCUGCCGGCUGCGGUGGCGCCUGUGCAGCCGAAAGGCGAGCCUCAAACCUCGGCAGCUGCGCCGCCGCAGCAGCUGCCCUUGCCCUCCCCAGCAGCGGCAGAUCAGCCUGCUCCCAAUCCCAGCGCGCCCCCACCGCCCAAGGAAGAGCCUGCUGCAGCUGCGCCAGAGCCCCCACCGGCCAAGACGCCACCUGCCGCCCCGCCCAGCACGCCAGCCCUCGUGAACGGCGUUGAGUCGAGCGAGGCUCCGGCGGCUCCGGCCGCGCCUCAGCCGCCGCAAUCUGACGCGGCUGCUGCGCCCGCAUGUGUGACAUCGUCGCCCAAGGCCGGGGGAGUGGGCACCAGGAGCAGCAGUGCUGCGCAGCCCAGCCCUGGGCGGCCGAGCAGGGCCACGAGAAGCAUGGCGGCAGCCAAACGCAACCCCUCUGCGGCUGCAUCGCCAUCGACUUCUAAGGGGCAAGGAUAA